GCAAGACCCAUUUCCGUAAUUCCACCCCCCCGGAAGGCUACCCCACAAGAAAAAGGUACUCUAAGGUAAACUCAGAGUCACAGAACAGAAAGACGACGAACACCCAAAAAAACCUUCCCCCUUUAUCUCCCUCGAGAGCAGCAAUGGCGGAAAAAGAAGAGGAGGAGGAGGAAGAAGAACAACAACAAGAAGAGGAAGCGAAGAAGGUUUUGUGUACCUACCUUGGGCUGAGCUUUUCACUCUCGCUGGCAUUGCUUCCCAGGAACACGCUUUCCCUGGAAACCCGGGCCCGCGACCUGUCGUGGAGGCUCUUGCAGGCGGAGGAGCAGCUGAGGCAGAUGAAGUUCCGGAGGAAGGAGGACUCCAAGGCGAACGCGCGGGUGGUGGAGAUCUUCGCCAGCCACAGGAACGCGUGGCAGGCGGAGGAGAGGCGGCUGCUGCAGCGGAUCCAUGAGCUGGGGGAGAGGAUGGCGGAGCUGGAGAAGAGGGAGGCCGACUACAAGGCGCGCGUGGAGGAGCUGGAGAGGGAGGUGUCCGAGAGGGACGAGAUGAUUAGCUUCAUCUCCAGGUCCGCCAGGGUUGCUGGCCACGAGUUUGGAGAGUACGAGGAAGAGAGCUCUGGUGAUGUGAAUGUUGUUUAUGGUGGUGCCGAUGCGGACCCACAUCAGCAGCACAACAAUGGGUUCGAUUCGGAGUUGGUGGCGUCCUCGGCUUCCAAGUUUUGGGCGGAAAGAGCUAGUCUCUGCCAGGUAUUCUUCUUCUUUUAUAGGGCUCCUUUUGAAUUCCACCCCCCGGAAGGCUACCCCACAAGAAAAAGGUACUCUAAGGUAAACUCAGAGUCACAGAACAGAAAGACGACGAACACCCAAAAAAACCUUCCCCCUUUAUCUCCCUCGAGAGCAGCAAUGGCGGAAAAAGAAGAGGAGGAGGAGGAAGAAGAACAACAACAAGAAGAGGAAGCGAAGAAGGUUUUGUGUACCUACCUUGGGCUGAGCUUUUCACUCUCGCUGGCAUUGCUUCCCAGGAACACGCUUUCCCUGGAAACCCGGGCCCGCGACCUGUCGUGGAGGCUCUUGCAGGCGGAGGAGCAGCUGAGGCAGAUGAAGUUCCGGAGGAAGGAGGACUCCAAGGCGAACGCGCGGGUGGUGGAGAUCUUCGCCAGCCACAGGAACGCGUGGCAGGCGGAGGAGAGGCGGCUGCUGCAGCGGAUCCAUGAGCUGGGGGAGAGGAUGGCGGAGCUGGAGAAGAGGGAGGCCGACUACAAGGCGCGCGUGGAGGAGCUGGAGAGGGAGGUGUCCGAGAGGGACGAGAUGAUUAGCUUCAUCUCCAGGUCCGCCAGGGUUGCUGGCCACGAGUUUGGAGAGUACGAGGAAGAGAGCUCUGGUGAUGUGAAUGUUGUUUAUGGUGGUGCCGAUGCGGACCCACAUCAGCAGCACAACAAUGGGUUCGAUUCGGAGUUGGUGGCGUCCUCGGCUUCCAAGUUUUGGGCGGAAAGAGCUAGUCUCUGCCAGGAUGUACAGUAUGAAUCCCUUGAAUCCUUGUAUCAUAUGAAGCAUUUUGUACCCAGAAGGGAAUCCCCUUGGAAGGUAGAUGGUGACUCAACAGGAGUUUCCUCUAAACUAAAAUUACUUGAACAGGAACUACUGAAUUUGGUAAAAGUUGGUAGGAGUGAUGAAUCAAAAUUACCAUCUCUAAUGAGGAAGCAGGCAAAACGAUAUCAAGCACUUGCAGGGAAGAUUGAUGAUCUAUGCCAAAAAAUGCAGGCUAGUGAUCCCUGUGAACUGACCGUCAGCCCGGAGUUUCGAAUGCAAAGGCAAACAGAGUUUUUGCUUGAAGCAUUUGGACUUAAGCAGCGUGCAUCAGAAACAGGACAGAAGCUGAUGGCUUUACAUACUGAAGUUGGGAAGAGUUAUUAUGGGGAGGAACUGGGGAGCCAGGCCAAACUGACCACAAGGAGAUCUUUGGACUCCAUCAGAAACAACUUAAAGGAAAUCCAGAGAAAUUUGGAGAUAUGGUUGGCCAGAAUUAUAGGAGAUCUUGAAGGGAUUCUGGCAAGAGAUGGCGCCUCUCGUGUAAGAGAAUAUUAUAUUUCUAGAUAUCCUUUUGUUCAAUAGAAUCUCCAUGAAAUCCAACUACAAUAUAUGCUCUUUUGGUAUCAAAUGCUCUAAGCCAUAUAAAAUGGCAGUUAGAUGCCUAAUGUAAAUGAUAUGGUUCCACUUUGUUUUAUGGUAGCUUCUUAAUGUA